GGUCAUCUCUCUCUUUCUGAUAGAUAUAUAGUAUAUAUCUGUAUAUAUAUACAAAUGCAAUAUGGUUGACUCAUCCCAGAUGGGCAGCGACUAGUACUAUGCAGAUCAGACAAAUGAAGUCAAUAAAGAUGGAUUCAGAUUCAAGCAACAAUCCUGUCAAACAGAGUAAACUCAGAAAAAGAGCAGGAGAAGAAAAAAGGAUUGGAGUCAUCUAAGAGAUAUUAUUUCAGUGCCCAAGGCUGAUGUGGGAGAUAUGCUUCCGAAAGCAAACUCAGACAAUCCUGAGAAUUGGGAUAUUAGAGAAAGGGCUGUUGGGUCUAUUGAAAAUCUCCCGAAAGCUAAGAGGAAUUAUGAUGAAAUGAAAGAUAAGUCUUCAAGGCAUCAACGUGCCUCCUCAUCAUAUGAAGAGGCUCUUAUGAAAAGGGUCGAAAUUGUUGAGGAAAGAAAUGUACAAUUGGCGGAAAGGUUGGAUAAAAUUGAGAAGAUGCUUGAGCAGCAACAGCUGCCACCAUGGUUCCAGCCACCUCCACCUCCACUUCCACCUCCACCUUCACCAGACUGGUAUGAACAGCCACUGCCACCUCCACCUCCACCUCCACCUCCACCUCCACCCCCACCCCCACCCCCACCAGACUCUCAUUUUAUAAAAUGUAUGAUGCCUUGGAUAUAUUCAGUAAUUCCAUCCUUUUGUACUCGUGACAAAUGCAAUAUGUUUUGGGCCUUGGGCUGGAUUAAAUCUGUUAUAUGGGUGUAGAGUAUCUCAGUUGGACCCUUGAAAAUGAUGUAUACCUUUUGUAAUUGGAAAUGUUAAUAAUUUAGUAUCAUUAAAGGUCAAA